CCCGCUGCAGUGACAGCGGAGGUCAAUAAAAACUGCUGAGAUUUUGCCUAAACAGUUAAAUAUGAACAACGUAAUUCAAAAGGUUUGUGUUUAUGUGCUUGCCUCGGACAGACUUGUUCAUGUUGUUCUGACGGCAUGUCUUCAUUCCUUAAUAAAUCACUAAUUGUGUGUGUGAGCAGCAGUGAUAUGCGGGUAGUGUGCAGUGACUCAGCGGGCUGCGUCAGCGUGCUUUCUCUGGCUGAAGGCGCUCUGGUCUCACUCUCCAAGUGGAAGGCUCAUGACUUCGAAGCCUGGAUCUCUGCCUUCUCCUACUGGGACACACAGAUGGUGUACUCUGGCGGUGAUGAUUGCAAACUGAGAGGCUGGGAUCUCAGGGCCGGUCCGGCCUGCCCCACUUUCACCAGUAAAAGGCACUCAAUGGGUGUGUGCAGUAUUCACAGCAACCCGCACAGAGAACAUAUCCUGGCAACAGGCAGCUAUGAUGAGCAGGUUCUGCUGUGGGACGGCAGGAACAUGCGGCAGCCUCUCAGUGAGACUCCGCUGGGGGGGGGAGUGUGGAGGCUGAAGUGGCAUCCGACCCACGAGCAGCUGCUGCUGGCCGCCUGCAUGCACAACGACUUCCACAUCCUCCACUGCCAGCAGGCCCUCGGUGAGUGUGCAGGAGGAAGUACCUGCUCUGGAUGGUUUCUAUGAACUUUGUUAGUUAACCUAGGUUUGGA